AUGGGAACCUCUACCGCCCCCGCAAGCUUGUCCAUCUCCUCGACUGAGGGCGCAUCCACAUCCUCUGGGGAACAGUCUUCUACAUCAACUCCUCUUCCCUCUACCUCUAGUCACACUGAGCCCAUUUCCACAACCACCUCUCAAGGAAUGGGAACCUCUACCGCCCCCGCAAGCUUGUCCAUCUCCUCGACUGAGGGCGCAUCCACAUCCUCUGGGCAACAGUCUUCUACAUCAACUCCUCUUCCCUCUACCUCUAGUCACACUGAGCCCAUUUUCACAACCACCUCUGAAGGAAUGGGAACCUCUACCGCCCCCGCAAGCUUGUCCACCUCCUCGACUGAGGGCGCAUCCACAUCCUCUGGGCAACAGUCUUCUACAUCAACUCCUCUUCCCUCUACCUCUAGUCACACUGAACCCAUUUUCACAACCACCUCUGAAGGAAUGGGAACCUCUACCGCCCCCGCAAGCUUGUCCACCUCCUCGACUGAGGGCGCAUCCACAUCCUCUGGGCAACAGUCUUCUACUUCCGCUCACACUGAACCCAUUUUCACAACCACCUCUGAAGGAAUGGGAACCUCUACCGCCCCCCCGCAAGCUUGUCCACCUCGUCGACUGAGGGCGCAUCCACAUCCUCUGGGCAACAGUCUUCUACAUCAACUCCUCUUUCCUCUACUUCCACUCACACUGAACCCAUUUUCACAACCACCUCUGAAGGAAUGGGAACCUCUACCGACCCCGCAAGCUUGUCCACCUCGUCGACUGAAGGUGCAUCCACAUCCUCUGGGCAACAGUCUUCUACUUCCACUCACACUGAACCCAUUUUCACAACCACCUCUGAAGGAAUGGGAACCUCUACCGCCCCCGCAAGCUUGUCCACCUCGUCGACUGCGGGCCCAUCCACAUCCUCUGGGGAACAGUCUUCUACAUCAACUCCUCUUCCCUCUACCUCUAGUCACACUGAGCCCAUUUCCACAACCACCUCUCAAGGAAUGGGAACCUCUACCGCCCCCGCAAGCUUGUCCACCUCGUCGACUGCGGGCCCAUCCACAUCCUCUGGGGAACAGUCUUCUACAUCAACUCCUCUUCCCUCUACCUCCAGCCACACUGAACCCAUUUCCACAACCACCUCUCAAGGAAUGGGAACCUCUACCGCCCCCGCAAGCUUGUCCACCUCGUCGACUGCGGGCCCAUCCACAUCCUCUGGGCAACAGUCUUCUACAUCAACUCCUCUUCCCUCUACCUCUAGUCACACUGAGCCCAUUUUCACAACCACCUCUGAAGGAAUGGGAACCUCUCCUGCCCGCCCCCGCAAGCUUGUCCACCUCCUCGACUGAGGGCGCAUCCACAUCCUCUGGGCAACAGUCUUCUACAUCAACUUCUUCCUCUACUUCAUCACACUGA